AUGAGGCUUCUAACUCACAACAUGCUCUCGUCGAACAUCAAAGGCGUGACCAACGGAUACCCUUUGAAAAUAGAGGUGGAAAAAGUGGUGCAAAGGGAGGUUGAGCAGAACCUGGACUUCCUCCGGAACAUGUUUGCCAAAGUUGAAUGGAAGGCACUAGUGGAUGCUUCUAGAACCUUAGGCUAUUCCGAGCUUCCCGACGAGGCAGAGCCCACAAUGCUCGACUCGGAUGAUUUUCUACGCAAGUUCCACCAUGCCCUUCUUGAGCUUCAUCUCGAGGAAGGCGCGUUGGUUUGUCCCGAGACGGGCCGUAAAUUCCCUGUCAACAAAGGGAUCCCAAAUAUGUUGCUCCAUGAGGAUGAGGUUUGA